UUGUGAGGAACAGAGAUAGAAUUCGCAGCUGUUGAAGUACAGUAGGCUACUGGCUACAAUAAGAUCUGUACACAAGAAUAUAAGGAUAUAAAAGAAGUAGAUCUGUCGAUUGUUGCAUUAUCGCUUCAAUGGAGACCAGACAACAAGGUCUGCUGGAUUCAGAGCCCCUGCAGGAAGUGGAUGAAGACAUGGUGUCAGAGGUCGACCUCAACAACAGCGUCUCUGAAGAAGAGAGAGAAGAAAUACAAAUAGAGUUAGCGAAGUUAGAGGAAGAAAUCUCCACGCUGAAGCAAGUCCUAGCUGCCAAAGAGAAACGCCACGCAGAACUGAAACAAAAGCUGGGGAUAACAGUACUGAGCGAACUCCGGCAGAACUUCAGCAAGAGUUGGUAUGACAUGCAGACAUCGACUGCGUACAAAAAGACCUCAGAGACACUGAGCACAGCAGGACAGAAGACUACAGCUGCAUUCAGCACAUUGGGAACAGCCAUCACCAGGAAGUUUGGAGAUAUGAGCAUGUAUGGCCUUGAGUUUCUGUUUCCCAGAAGGUACGGUAUUGUGUGUCUAUUUGCGUGUGAGGGCGUGUGUGCAUGUGGGGAGUUUUCCUGUUUGCAGUGGAAAUGAGCCUGUCUCUCUGGGAGUCUGUUCCUGUGCUGUGAAAGCUGGGUGAAGCCUGACGCCUCUCAGAGGAGGGAGGCUACAGGGUUGGCAUGGAAACAGUCUGAUCCAUUACACUUAGAGAGGAGGGAUGGCUUAGGUACAGGAGCUAUGUCUCUGGACCUCAGGACAACUAGGGCAAGUCGUACCUGUUUCCUGUGGGAAAUUAAAGGAAACGUGAAGUGAUGUAAAGUAAAUCAGAAUGUAGUAACAAAGUACACUUAAUAAAUUUUAACAGAUACUGUUUACCUGGAGAUGACUAAUUAGACUGCUAAUGGCAUGUUCUUGCAAGUUUUGCAAACAGUUUGACAAUUUUCUUCUCUGUGUCUGACCUGUAGAUUUGUAUGUUUGUUGCCGUAAUGUGUUUAAUGCUAGAUGUAAAAAGUCAGUAAGUAUUUCUGACCACGUGUGCUCAGCUGUAUCUCUUGAUUUGCAUGUUUGUGCAACAUGGGGAAAUUUGCAUGUAUGUGGAAUCUCAUGCCAAGUGGUUUGGUUUUCGACUGGAGUUCUGCUUGGUUUGAAGAGGCAUCUCCGCUCUCCUUUUAUUCAAAUGCAGCCUGCGCCUGUUUCGUCACUGUCCAUCAUCAGCUUGAAAUAACCUCCUGUGUUUCAGAUAACAUGCUGACAGAUGCAUUUUAACGUAGCAUGAAGGAGAAACAUAAGAGAGGUUGCUGUGGUCUUUCGUAACGAGUACUGAAUGUUUCACCGCCUUCCUUUCGAAACUGAUCUGCGCUUGUAUGUCGUAGUGUUUCAAGUCAUGAAUGGGAUUGUCUUGCAUAAUACUGACUAAAAAAGUGUUCAGUUUGAUGUUUUCUAUUUUCAGUCAGAUUUAUACAGACUGGUUUAGACCAGAUUGAUAACUCUGCAUGACCUUUGUAAUGCACUGAUAAACCAGCUGGUGUAAAAAAAAAUGUCCUGAUGUUUUUCUCCAUUCUUCUUUGCGCACCAAAAGAUCAAACUCUAUUGGGUAAGACAUUGUGCUCAAGUGUGGAUAUCAGUUUUUACCUGAGUAGCUACAAGACCUACUUGUACUGAAUCUGAAUCAGACUGAUCUUAGCCCUUAGCUUAGUCCGCUGCUUUGUGCAGUGGCUUACCUGCAAGUGUGGUGAAGUACAUAUGAGCCAUGUAACUGACCCUACGCUCUACUAUCACACUGGGGGAUAUUACAAGAGUGGUGCUAAAAACAUGUCAGCAUACACAUCAUACUGGUUCAACCGAUUAACUCAACCGAUUGGCUUCAAUUUAAACAUCAUAAAGCAGUUCGGAUAUUUAAGUGCGGACCUGCUAACUGAGGUCCUGUCUAUUGCUUUAUCAGUUUCAGUUAAACCACAGAAUGAGCAUGUAAAUCCACUUUCAUCGCAACUGAUUCUAAACUUAUUUAAUUGAGCUUGUGGCCUUGUAUCCUAGUAUCCUUGUAUCCUUGAAUAUGUUAGUGUUAUGUGCCUUUUCCCCAUUUUUUUAGUCUCAGCUGUAGAUCUACAGAAAGAAUGUACACCCAGAGCUAUAUGUUCCCUCUGUCCGCUGCAACCUGACUUGCAGAUCAAUGGGAAAAUCAAUGAUCAGACCAUCAGGCCUGAUUCGCUGUUUCUAUUUGGGUCCGUUUUCAGUCAUUAGAAGACUGUCGCUAUGGCCCACUUUUUAAAGUGUCCGACACUUAAGACGCAAAAAAAAACCUAGCUGGCGGCCCCAGUCCCUCAAUAAUUCAUGUCAUUGUUACCAAACUACUAAAUAUUUAAUCGUAUUUUAAGGCAUUACUUGCAUUAGAUGGAAAUCCCCACUUAAAUGACUCUUUCUCUUUUCUAGAUUUACUUCUGUACUGCAAACACUGCUGUGCUGACAUAGGAUGUGAAAUGAAUGUAUAUGCAGGUGCUAUCAGAGGUGUAGAACAUAGCUGAGAGUGCAUGCUUCCCAGUGGUCGGAUGUGGUGUCUCUCUGCACCUCGUGAGCUCUGCCGUGUAAUCCAUACUAACUCCUCUCUCUCUCACCCAACCAAUGCUCUCACGGAGCAGUUACUCUAUACGCCACUCAAUGAGCAUGCCCACCAUGAGGUAAAUAAGCCUGUGUGUGUGU